AUGGCUUCCCUCGCAGCCGCACUCUCCCAGUCCCUCCCUAAACCGAACUACACUGGUGAGGACGAGGAACUUCCAUCCCGCGCCAACCAGCGUGGUCCCAGAAUCGUUGGCCCAGGCCACUUCAACGAAUCCCAGAUCGUCCUAAAGCGAGCUGGCGGGCCACCGCCCUACGGACAACGCUCUACAUGGCGACCACGCAAUCCUGAGGAUUUCGGCGAUGGUGGCGCGUUUCCUGAGAUCCACGUCGCACAGUACCCGCUAGAUCUCGGCCGCAAGGGCGGCUCGGCAAACAAGUCCAACGCGCUUGCUCUCACUGUUGAUGGCGAUGGAAAGGUCAAAUACGAUGCUAUCGCGAAGCAGGGUCAUGCGGAAAACAGGAUAGUACAGACAAGCUUCAAGGACCUGAUACCGCUGCGGCAGCGUGCAGAUGCCGGUGAGAUCAACCUCGAGCGGCCGAGCGAGGAGGAGGUCGCUGCUACGGCGGAGAGGACGAAGGCAGCGCUGGAGAAGCUGGUCAGCGGUGCUGUGGCGUCGCAGAAGCCCAAAAAUGUCAACGUGGGAGGCAGCCGCGACCCCACGUUUGUGAGGUAUACGCCGGCGAACCAGAUGGGCGACAACUCGAAGAAGCAGGAUCGGAUCAUGAAGAUCGUCGAGAGGCAGCGUGAUCCCAUGGAGCCGCCCAAGUUCAAGGUCAAGAAGAUUCCCCGCGGCCCGCCAUCACCGCCACCUCCAGUACUGAGGUCGCCACCAAGAAAGUUGACCGCUCAAGACCAGGAGGACUGGAGGAUCCCGCCGCCGGUGUCGAACUGGAAGAACCCGAAGGGAUUCACGGUUCCCUUGGACAAACGUCUUGCUGCUGACGGACGAGGUCUACAAGACGUGCAGAUCAACGACAAGUUUGCGCAAUUCUCAGAGGCACUCUUCAUGGCAGAUAGGCAUGCCCGUGAGGAAGUCAAACAGCGAGCCUUGAUGCAGCAGCGUCUGGCAGAAAAAGAGAAGCAGCAAAAGGAGGAACAUCUACGGUCACUCGCCCAGCAGGCACGAGAGGAGAAGGCGGGGCACAGUCGGCGUAGGUCAAGAUCAGGCAGUUACGACAGCCGCUCAGAUUCCGGGUCGUCCUACGACAGCGAUGAGUCGGCGGUCCGUGAACGUGAAGAAGCACGGAAGGAAAGGCGGCGGGAGGAGGAGCGCAAGCUACGUCAGUCUCGCAUGGGUGCAGAGAGGCGUAUCCAGGUCAUGGCUCGGGAGCAGAACCGUGAUAUCUCUGAGAAGAUUGCACUGGGCCUUGCGAAACCUACUCAAAGCAAGGAGGGCAUGUACGACUCGCGGCUUUUCAACCAGUCAAGUGGUUUUGACAGCGGUUUCAACGAGGACAACCCCUACGACAAGCCUUUGUUUGCAGCGCAGGAUGCGAUCAGCAGUAUCUACCGACCGCGUGCGAACAUGGAUGAGGAUGAUGAGAUGGCCGGGGACAAGGAGAUGGACAAGAUUCAGAAGUCGAGCCGGUUCGGCGAGGUACUUGGCAAGGGCAAGUUCAAGGGGGCAGAGGACGCAGAGGAGCGCGAAGGACCAGUACAAUUCGAGAAGGAGACGGUGGACCCGUUCAACGUGGACAAGUUCUUAUCCGAGGUGGAACAAUCCUCGGGCAAACGGGGCUAUGGCUUGCAGGAGACCGAUGACCGGAAAUCGAAGCGGCCAAGGGUGGAGGAUGACGACGAUGAUUAG